AUGCUCAUGUUAUCCUUUCCUAGAAGGUCCCUUAAGAUCUUCAAACUAAGUCUGUUACUUAUAUUAAUAGCGUUGGCGAUAGUAUUGGCAACAACUCUGGGAUAUGAAGCUAACCCACUCUCCGAUUACAAGUUUCAUUUUGAAAAAUCUCUAUUCCCAACCAAUCAUCAUAACUCCCUAGCAAAUACCAACAAUAAAGAUGACAAACAUUCAUUAUUGUCUGCUCUUGUUACAUCUGAUGAAAACAUCGAUACGCCAAAUAAAUACGAACUAGAUAAUGUUGUAGCACUGCCGAAGACAACAAUAUUAUCACCUGAAACAAUAGGGACCUCCGGCACCGUUGCUUCCACUGAAGAAAAGCCAUCAACAGAGACUAUACACAAGUUUUUCGACCAAGUUUUCAAUUAUAUCAACGAGUUUUCACCAGAAACUAAGUUAGACAUUAAAUAUAAUCCAUCUCGUCUGGUUACGGAUGCUAUUGGGUCUAGACGAAAUGACGUUAAAAAUUUCUUCAAAUUGUCUAGGAAUUCAUUAUAUGAUUGUUUGCAAAUAUCAGAUCAAGAAAUUGACAUGCUAAAAAAUUACCAUCAAGGAUUUACUAAUUCUAUUGCUCCCUUGGAAUUACCUAAAAACACUUACCAAAAUGAUGGGAUCGUUAUAGUAGGUGGCGGUAAAUAUUCUUUAUUAUCGUUAUUAGCCAUUAAGACAUUAAGGAAGUUUAAUACAACAUUACCUGUAGAAGUUUACAUCUCUCAGGAUGAAGAAGGUGAUUUAGAAUUCUGUGAUGAAAUCUUACCUCAAUAUAAUGCUAAAUGUAUCAGCAUUAAAAAUAUCCUAUCUAAUGACUUGAUUAAUACUUUCAAAUUCGCAGGCUACCAAUACAAAUCAUUAGCAGUAUUAUCUUCCAGUUUUGAAAACUUAUUAUUAUUAGAUGCAGACAAUUUUCCCAUUAAACCAUUAGAUGAUAUCUUUAAACAGGAACCUUAUUUAUCAAAACGUAUGGUUAUGUGGCCAGAUUUUUGGAGAAGAACAACUCAUCCUUCAUAUUAUGACAUUGCUCAUAUUUUUGUUAACAAAUCUAGUAGAAUAAGAAAUUCUUAUGAUGAUGUUACUCCUUCAAAUGUUUAUACUGAUUAUUCCAAAUCAUUGGAUGAAAUACCAUUCCAUGAUUUUGAAGGAACAUUACCUGAUCUUUCCACUGAAUCUGGUCAAUUAUUACUUAAUAAGAAGGAACAUUUGAAGGCGAUCUUGUUGGCUUUAUAUUAUAAUGUUAAUGGUCCAAAUUGGUAUUACCCAAUCUUUUCUCAAGGUGUCGCAGGAGAAGGUGACAAAGAAACCUUUCUUGCAGGUGCAAAUUUUUAUAAUUUAACCUAUUAUCAAGUUAAAACGUAUCCUCGUGUUAGUGGCCAUUUUAAUAAAGAGGAUGGAAGUUAUAGAGGGGUGGCAAUUUUACAAUCUGAUUUUGUGGAUGAUUAUAAAAGAUAUUCUCAUGCUAUGGAUGAUAUUAAUUCCAAAUAUAAAGAUCUAUCGCCAAAUGAAAUUAAAUUAGAUGAAGAUUAUGAUUUACAAAAUUUCUUGGAUAAAUAUUUUGAACUUGAAGGAAAACAGGCUGACGUUAUGUUUAUUCAUGCAAAUUUCCCGAAGUUUGAUCCAGUCGAUCUUGAAUCUGGUUCAAGCUUUAUCCACGAGGGUAAACAUUUCCGUUCGUUUGAUAAUUUGAAAGAUAUUAAGUAUUAUGAUUUAGAAUUGGAGACUUUUAAGAUUUUAAACAAUAUAAUAUGUGUUGAAAGGAAACACUUCAAAUACAUAGAUGAUAAAGGAGUUGAGGAAAGAGGAAAAGUAUGUAAAUAUAUUGAAGACAGAUUAAAAUUCCUUGAAGAGACUCACGAGGAGGCAAUAACACCAAAGAGUUAA